AUGGCGGGUUACAGCGCCCACGAAGUGAUUGUUCUGAGUAGUAGCGGAGACGAGGACAUGGGAAGCGGUGCUGAAGAGGACUCGUGGUCGGAAGGGCCGGACGCACCGCAAGGCAGCGAAAGCGAGGACGAUCCAUUGUUCCCUCCGGUAGAACCUGCGCAAGGAAGCGAGGAUGAUGAAUCCAGCUCGAAUGGCGGUGCCGAAAGCGUUGAGGGCGACGGCGAUGUUGACAUGGAAUCCCCAGCCGCAUCACCCUCGCCGGAUGUAGCGCCACCGCAAGCGCCGCAUAUUCCCCGCCGCCAGCCCUACAUCAUGAACCACAACACCGCAUCGUUGCCGCUGCCCGUCAACGUCCCUGUUCCCCCAGCAUUCUCGAGAGCUGGCCUACAAAACUCUGCGCACUUCAAUCAGUUUUUGCGCCACCUGAGGGAUUCAUCCGUGCCAGCCCCGCCUUACUCUGAACACAUGUCGGGGCUUCAAGCCGCUAUCGGCGUGCAGCUGAGUGUAGCCGUCCAGCGAGAGGCUGAUAACUUAGAGACUUGGCGAUCUCUGCUCGCGGCUACAGAAAGCGAGAUCUUGGAGUUGGACCGCCUCCAAUUCAUCAUCACCAGGAUGGCAACCAGCCCCCUUCUGCGCGCCGCCGCCGCGGUUCAAGGCGCAGAUUUAACCAUUCCGCAGUCCCUGCUUGACCGCACGGCUGCACCACCUCCCGACGUAACUUACGGGGUUGACGAGGGCGAUAGUACUGACAGCCCGGCGCCUGAAGGCGCCGCAGAUCAAUCCCACCCUCCGCCAGGUUCUGCGGCUUCGCUGCAGCCUGGAGACGCCGCUGAUGAACCUCACCCACCACCUGGCACUGCAGUUUCGUCCGGGGAACCCGAUGCCGGCGGUCCUGCGUCGCAGGUGACACGGAGGCGGGCUUUCGUGGCGGAUUUGCGACCGGUUAGCUUUGUCGCCGACCACGAAGAGCCAUUGCCGCUAGAAGCAGCGAAUCUUCGCCGGGCUGGUAGUGUGAAGAAAUCUCGUGCGACUGGCCAAUGCGUAGAUGCCAAUCCGGCCUCACCUUUGGCUGGACCUUCUCGCUUGGGUGCUCAGAGCGGUGUGGCGCAGGCUCCCUCCUCUCGCCCCUUCGAUCGAGCUCCUACCCCAGGGCCCAGCUCAUCAACAGCGGACCGCCCGGCCCACACGCGCCGACGCUCUCGCUCCCGAUCGCCGUCUCGCCGCUCUACGGGGCGGCAUGGGAAAAAGCAGCGCCGAGCUCAUGAUGGACAUUGA